AUGGGCGACCACUCUCUGGAGGCACACACGUCCCUUCUGGACUGGGUCGCCAGACAUGGAGGGCACAUCGACAACAGCGUGCGCGUGGCCCAGGACGCCUCGCGUGGCGUGCACCUGCAAGUGAAGGCCGACUGGCCGCAACCCAUCUCGAAAGAAACGCGAGUGAUCAACACGCCGCUGGCGGUGACCAUGUCCUAUUUCAAUGCCAUUGAAUAUACUUGCGCACGGGGUUCUUUCUCUAGUCAUGACGUGGUGUUCCCGCGCGCAUUCAUUGACGCCGUGGGCCCCGAAGAGACGACUGCGUUCUUUCUGAUGGGCCAGUAUUUGCGUGGUGCGGAAGGGUUUUGGUAUCGCUACUUGCGCACCCUGCCGCAGCCGGGCCAACUUACUACGCCGCUGUUCUUUGGGGAGGAGGAUGUGGACUGGAUUCAGGGUACUGGGAUCCCGGACGCCUCGGUGCAGAGGUACGAGCUUUGGGAUAAGAAGUAUGAGGAGUCGAUUUCUGCGCUGGAAGAGUUGGGUUUUGAGAAUACGGAGGAAUACACUUGGGAUUUGUACUUGUGGGCCUCGACGAUUAUCACCUCGCGCGCGUUCUCAGCCAAGGUUUUGUCUGAAGCUGUCGAGCCUUCUGAUUUCCCCGAAGACGGAGUGUCGGUGCUGCUCCCGCUCAUUGAUCUCCCUAACCACAGGCCACUUGCCAAGGUUGAGUGGCGAGCAGGGAAUAACGAUGUUGGUCUGCUUGUGCUCGAGGAUAUCUCUCCAGGGGAAGAGAUUUCGAAUAACUAUGGGCCGCGGAAUAACGAACAACUUUUGAUGAACUAUGGCUUCUGCCUUGCCAACAACCCAUGCGACUAUCGCAUAGUUAAACUGGGUGUCAAGCCAGACAGUCCGCUCAGCCAGGCUAAAGCCCGCCAAGUGCAGAUGUUCCCUGAACUGGCCAAAAACACCGACAACCACUACUACAUCUUCAACGUAUUCUACCCGCUCUUGGCUCCCAACACCGCGAUGGAACACUCGAUAUUUUCUCCAGCGCUGUUCAACGCACUGGGAAUCAUGCAGGCAAACGAAAGGGAGCGGAAUAUGCUCGAGAUCACCGAGGCUGGCACGCGCAUCCCCGCAGUCUACGGUAACGGGCACAGCACCCUUGCGGCGCUGGCCCAGAUCAGUUUUGAGCUCAUUGCUCACAUCGAGAUACUCAGAGCCUCCGCCGAGGGUCUGUCGCAGCCGGCGAACCUGAAUCAGACCCACACGCAGAUCUACCGCAAUAGUCAGAUCACCCUGGAUGAGACGGCGUUGAUCAUCGCCACAUGGACGAUCACACGGGCACGGACACAUGACCGAGACGAGAGCUGGGGUGAUAUAAAGACCCUGCUGAAUGAGCAUAUGGCUCGCGUGCCGGCUGGUCUGCUUUCCGAAGAGAUCCUGUCCCGGACCCAAGUGCGUAUUUUGGAGCGCCAGUCCCUCUUACCAAAGAAUGGCGAGCUGUUCCGACUCGGCGAGCUUUUCGCCCUUCUGCCCAGUGAAAUGCAAGGCCCGACUCAGUCAUGCUUCAGUCACAUUAUUGAACAGGCAGGGCAGGCCAUUCCAACCUUGCCGAGUGAUCCUCAGGCUCUGUUUGCCAUUGUGAUAUGCCUGCUGGUGGCAACACAUCGCUCACCUGAAGCACGGCCACAGCUUUCGUCACGUCUUACCAGAUGGGUAGAAUUCCUUUUUGAGCAAUACCCGUCACCAGGAAAUGACAGCGGGUUCUCCGAGGCUGACGGGAGACAUACUCGGCGCCAGCUUGGUGAGUUUGUUAGGACACAGCAGUCAUCUACAUGGCCCCCCAAGACUGGGGUCACUUGGCUCACAGAGACCAGUGGGUGGCUGGACCCGAACUGGCUCCAGUGGGCAUGGACUGUGGCUGAUGCAGAGAUGGUGUUGAUUCCCCUCGAGCCAUUGGCGAUACUGGCAGCAGAGGGACCAGUUGCGAUACCGAAACAGGCAUGUUUGUAUGUACCUCAGGAGUAG